GCAUGCCUACUGUAUUCUGCUGCAGAGUGGCGCGCGUGACGUCAAUGAAAUGUGGAGCAGUUCCUUGACUUGGGCGAAAAAUGGGGAGAAAAUUACGAGGGCCACAUUUAAGGACAGCACCUAAGAGGCAGCACUGAAGGCAAGGAACCUGGGAGGACUUUGAAUGUGCACGUGGGCCAGUGUGUGUCCCCGUCCAACAAUGCACUGUGUUGUGAGUGUGCAGAGGUCUCCCAGCACACAAAGCCCCCCCGUCGCUGCUCUCCUCUUUGUCUAACUCCCCCCCCAUCUCUCCUCCACGCAUCCCUCCGUCAGAUCAGCCAUGAGGCGAUCUCUCCGCAUCCUGGUCGGUGCGCCAGAGGACCGUCUCUGCCUCCCCGCCGCUUGAGCCCCCCCCCCCCCUCUCUCCCCGCCUCACUUCCUUCCCAGCGUCUGUGGGCGCGGCAUGGCCUCUCUGGACCUGCCCUACCGCUGUCCUCGCUGCGGAGAACACAAGCGCUUCCGGAGCCUGUCGUCCCUGCGUGCCCACCUGGAGUACAACCACACUUACGAGACCCUGUACGUCCUGUCCAAGUCCAACAGCGUGUGCGACGCCGCCGCGCUCCUCCCCCUCGUGGCCGAAGGGGCCCUCCUCGCCCCCACCAACAACAACGACCCUUUCCAGCCCCUCCGACCCUCCUUCAAAGAGCGACGGUUCCCGUGCCGUGAGCUACCGUGCCCCGACGACCUGGGUUUGACCCCCGCCAACUCCAACACUGCUGCACGUUACCUGCCCAAUGUCGAGUUUCCCCUGGGGGAGAUCUUCAUGAAGACGGCCAUGACCUCUGCGGAUCCCGGUCCCCACGGCAACCCUGGCAAUGCGGUGGCAGUGGCAGCAAACGUGGCGGCGAGCGCGGUGGAGGCGGCCUAUGAGGAGGGACUGGCCAGGCUAAAGGCUCGGGCCUUCGAACGUCUGGAGUUGGACGAGAGACUAGAGAAGCUAUCUGAAGAGGUGGAGCAGAAGAUCGCUGCGCGCGUGGGCCGCCUGCAGGCGGAGCUGGAGAGAAAGAGCUCGGAGCUGGAGCGGGCCAAGCUGGAGAGCGAGAGGCUGGGCCAGGAGAAGCAGCAGCUGGAGGACAAGGCCUCGGAGCUCUCCAGACAGGUGGACGUCUCCGUGGAGAUGCUGGCCAACCUCAAGCAGGACCUGGUCACCAAGGAGGACGAGCUCACUCACAAACAACAGGAGGUGGCUCAGAUCGACCAGUUCCUGCAGGAGACGGCGGCACGGGAGGCCAACGCCAAGGUGCGCCUGCAGCAGUUCAUCGAGGAGCUGCUGGACCGCGCCGACCGCGCCGAGAAACAGCUGCAGAUCAUCAGCAGCUGCGGGACCACGCCCAACGGCAGCCUGGGACGCUGCAGCCUCCAGGGGUCAAAGGGCAACGGGCGCCAGAGAAACUCCAGUAACUCAGGAUCCACCAGAGGAAUGGACCAGGUGUCAGAGCAGCGAUCAUCUCCCAGCACAGGUGGGAUGGGUCGGGUUCACUCCAUGUCCCAGGGCUCGGGCGGCUAUGACAGUGACAGUGUGGAUGUGCACCCCAUGGAGGAGUGCCCAGAGGCCCAGUACUACCACGUCCAGUGCCGGCUAGGCGAGGGCGGGGGCGCAGGAGCGUACGAGCGCCUCCCGGCGACUGGGGGGGGCUGCUCCCGGAGUUGGGGGCUCCGCAAGCAGGCCAUCCAGAACUGGCAGCGCCGGCCCUACCGCAACAGCAUGGAGGGAGAGGAAGGGGACGUGUCGGACGUGGGCUCCCGAACCACCGAGUCGGAGGCGGAGAUGUGGGAGCAGGAGAGGAGGGCCGUGGCAGAGGUGCAGCAGUCUUCAGCACACCACAGAGGAGGAGGGGGAUACCGUUUGGGAGCAGGGCGGUCAGAGGGGGGCCACAAUAAGCCAUGCCACCACGAGAAGACAGGCAGGGCCAACGAAGUGAUCAGCCCCGAGGUGCUGAAGAUGCGGGCGGCGUUGUUCUGCAUCUUCACCUACCUGGACACCAAGACGCUGCUGAGGGCGGCCGAGGUGUGCCGGGACUGGAGGUUUGUGGCCCGCCACCCCGCCGUGUGGACCCGGGUGCUGCUGGAGAACGCCCGCAUCUCUUCCAAGUUCCUGUGCACCCUGUCUCAGUGGUGCACACAGACACACUCGCUCAUCCUGCAGAACCUCAAGCCACGCCAGCGAGGCAAGAAAGAGACCAAGGAGGAGCACCUAAAGAGCACACGUGGAUGUCUGGAGGAAGGUUUGGAGUCCCUACUGAAGGCCACAGGGAGCCACCUGCUCAUCCUCAAGGUGUCCCAUUGUCCCAACCUGCUGACAGACCGCUCCCUGUGGUUGGCAAGCUGCUACUGUCGCGCCUUGCAGGCCGUCACGUACAGGAGUGCCACAGACCCGGUGGGUCAGGAGGUGAUCUGGGCUCUGGGAGCAGGCUGCAGGGACAUCAUCUCCCUCCAGGUGGCGCCAUUGCACCCAUGCCAACAGCCGGCGCGCUUCAGCAACAGAUGCUUGCAGACCAUUGGUCGAUGCUGGCCACACCUCCGUGCCCUAGGAGUAGGCGGGGCUGGCUGUGGUGUACAGGGCCUGGCUUCAUUGGCGAGGAACUGCAUGCGUCUGCAGGUGCUGGAGCUGGACCAUGUGAGCGAAGUGAACCAGGAAGUAGCAGCAGAUGUGUGCAGGGAGGGUCUGAAGGGCCUGGAGAUGCUGGUGCUCACCUCCACCCCCGUCACCCCCAAAGCUCUGCUUCACUUCAACAGUGUGUGUCGUAACCUGAAGUCCAUCGUAGUGCAGAUUGGAAUCGAGGACUACUUUGAGGACCCCAACAGCCCCGAAGCCAGGAAGCUGUUUGACGAGAUGGUGAUCAAGCUGCAGGCCUUGAAAAAAAGACCUGGCUUCUCCAAAAUCCUCCACGUCAAAGCUGACAGCCUCUGCUAACACCCUCCACAUGCCAAGAGGGCGCAAAGGACACCGACCAUUUUGAAUCCAGUAACUUAAACAGACCCAGUCAUUUCAAAAGCCUCAAUAUGACUGACACACUGGCCAUAUCCCACCAUGUUGGACCAGGGGGAUAAAGCUAUCCAGCCAAUGUUCAGUCAACAUGCACUCUGAGACUAAGCACAGAAGCUUAGUCUGCACAAAUAGCCACAACCUGGGCUGAAUCAGUGAAGAUCCCAAAAGAUCUCAGAAGAAAUAAACACUCUACUAGAAUAAAAGGGACAAUGUUCUGACUAGCACAGUAACUGGGGACCCUGUCUGACACUUGUCAAAUGAACAGAAACAGAAACAGUACAACUAGACAUUCUGGCAGCCAUUUUUUUUCAUUUUCUCAUCACAAACAGAGACGUAAGUUGGAGGAUGACAUCAUAAGAGAAGGUUCUGGAAGAUUAAUUCACAUGUGAGCAGAUUCUGCUGGAAGAUGUCAUAAGAGAGCAGGCUCUGGGGGAUGACUUCAAAAGGGUGCAGACUCUAGGGGAGGACAGAAGAAGGGUGAAGGUUCCGGAGGAUGAUAAGGGAGCACGCUCUAUAGGAUGUGUUUUUCUCAAAGUGAAAGAUGAGUUUUGAUGUUUGAAGAUUUUGACCGUGCCCAGAGCCAAUAGCCAGAAACCCAGGUGUGUGUGUUUGUUUGUUGUGUGUGUGUGUGGCACCUGGGGAGGUAGACAGAUUGCCCCCCAGAUUGGUCAGUAUUGAACUGUCUUUCCUGCGACCUCAGGAAAUGACUGCUUCACGGUGCCUGCUGCCACUUUGGGAAGAACAACACUGCUUUCAUCCAUCAUAAACAGAACUUUUAACAACUCCAGACCUGGUAAAAAAAAUACGAACACAAACUGCUACUUACUACCUUUUAAGGAACCUGACAAAAAAAUCAUCCCCCAAACCCACUCUAUACUUUCAUUCUUAUAGCCACUGCAUGGUGUGUGGUUGUUAUGUAAAGAGUGAACUAAAGCCUCUGUCUGCGCCAUUUCUCUCCCCUCCUCAAGGAAGAUGAGCUGAGCACAGAAUCGACAUCCUUCUAUCCAUAAACUCGGAGCUCUGUUAUAAUGUCUGUCGACUAGCUACUGGCUUUGCAGUCUUUGGAGUCAACAUAGUUCUGAUUUUGCUAAAUUCCAUUCAGGUAGUCCCCACAGACCUUCAUGUUGCCUUCCUCCCAGGAACUGGUGCCAUUUGUUGGCCUGCGUGUGUUUUUCUCAUCCAACGUGCCAUUAAUGUUAAGGAGCCAUGUAACAUCAGAAAGAUGUCUCCUAUCUUCUAAAAAGACAAACAAUUGACUGAAACUGCAAGCAAAUCACAUUUGUCACAAGAAAAACAGUUGUAACCUGUGGAAUACAUGUGUUUUCCAGGUGUAUACAAAUAUGAUGUGUUACAGCAGUAUAUAUGUAUACAUAUGGUAUACAUGAACAACAGUAUAAAUAUAUAUACAUUUAUUAAUUCAAGACUAACAGACUUGCACUACAACCACAGCAGAGGGCUUUGUGUUCCUGUCCUCUGAUGUCAUCAAACAGCUAGCUCUCUUUGGCGCCAUCUAGAGUGCUUUACUCCUGGCAACUCCUUCCAGCACCAUCCGUCCAAGUCAACAUCUGUCAGAUCAUCUCGUUUUAACAGUUAAAUGAUCUCCCACAGAGGUCAGAGGUGCCUGUGUAUGCUAUCAUAACAUCAGAGGCAAAAUGACUGGAAUUCAGUAUCUCUUAUCUGUUCGAGUGACUGGAUCACAGGCACCAAAUUAGAACUGGUCCCAGACACAGAGUAGACGGUGCACAGAGUUACAUCGAUGGUUGUAGGAAUGUGAUCGCAGGUUUUUCUCCUACUCGGUAGGUGACCCAUAGUCAUCUUCUUUAGUAGAUUCCAUAAAGAUUUGCAACUCAUUCGCUCACCUGUGACUAAAGUUGUGGUCCUUCUCAUCUGGUCUGUAGGACACUAAUCCAUUUCCAAAAAAGAGAAAUGACAAAUUGUAUGUAAAUGUUUGUGAAAACUGGCUUACCAAGCACCAACCCCCAAACCCGCUCCGAUCUCAAAUUAAUUGUUUUUUAAGUUACAGACAAUCUUGUCCUCUGUAAGACUAUAAAAACCCUGUAUAUAAUGUUCAUAGUGGGGGUGGCAGAGACUUGGCGUGGGUGAUUGCAUUUGGUGUUCUAUACAUUAAGGUCAUAGGAAUGUGGAUCUUCACGGUGAAAAGAGUUGAAGAAAGGUGCCUGCUGUUGUUGGUUCUGUACUGUUCUCUCUCAAAGGUCAAAUGGUAGAUCACCACAGAAAAAAUAUAUGAUGUAUAAUGGUAGUGUUGAAAUUGCAGUUGUGUAUUUUAAAUCCUUUAUAUUUAAUGGGCAUCAGAGUCAUAUAGAGAUGGAAAUUAUUUAAUGAGAGGAUGAAUACAAUUGAGCUAUUUAUUUAUAUAAAAAAGAGAAAUGUCUAUAAUAUUGGCAUGUUUGUGUUCAAGCAUAAUUCAAUCAUCAGGUUGCCUUCUUAACCGUUCUGCUAGCCUGGCUAUAGAGCAUUAUUAGGUGUUUAAAACUUAAAUUUGCUUGCAAAGGUUUAUGCUGUUUUAUUAUUUUAUUAAGUCUGUUGUUGCACUAGUGGAAAAAAUAUAAUCCAUAUUAAUAUUAGAGUGCUGUUUUUUUAAUAUUCAGCUCUUUGUCAGUAUUUGGCAUAUUACAAUGCACUUUUUUCUAGAGCGCUUUUAGGCGUCAGUUGUCGUUGGUUCUAUAAAAAAAAGGUAAUCACACGUUUCUGUCAGUCAACGUGAUGCUUCGGUUUCCAUGGUUUCCUCCGUUGUGCCAAAAAAAAUAUAUAUAUGACAUUACUUACGUUCUCAUAGGAUGGAAAAAAUGGACAAUUCCAGUGAUUCAGAAUUAUUGUCAAUGAAGGUGCAAUACUUUUAUGAAGGUGCAACUACUUUUAUGACUAAUAGCCUUUGGCCCCCAGGAGAUCCUGUGUGUUCUAUUGGCCCAGGCUUCUCUCUCCUUUAUUUGUCAGAUCUCUGGGUUGGUUGUUGAACAUGUAUGGUUGAACCUGGGCCUACUGGGAUCAACUGCAUCCAAAGUGCUUUUAAGGUUCAUUGCGAUCAUGACAGUACACUCGCCUUUGUGUUGGUUGCUGUCAGUUAUUGUCAGGUGCUGGCAGUUGCUUGGUAUAAUCACUGUUGUGUUCAUGCUCAGUGUUCAUAUGUUUGGUUUGAUUCCAAUACUUCAUAAAAGAAGGGGUACCCAGUCCACACCAGUGUCUGACACCCAUGUUGCAGUAUACUUUUUAAAAAACAUAUACUGUAGGUUAAUAUUAUUUUUUGAUUCACUGUAUUAAUUUGCUACCUGAAAUUACCCAUAAGUGCUCAUUUGAUUUUAACAUUCAUAUUUGUAUAUUUUGAGGGAUAUUAUAAUUUCAUAUUUUUAAAGGCUGCAGCAUUUUUAGGAUUUAAGUGUGUGCGUUAUAAGUGUGUAUGCUAUAAGUGUGUAUGCUAUACGUGUGUGCGCCGUGUGUAAACUGUGCUCUUCUACUGUGAGUGGUAACGUUCUGACCUGCUUGGUGCCAAGGCUUUAAUUUACUGCAGUAUACAGUAUCUGUUUGUCUCUCUCAAGGUCUUCAUUAUGUACUUCUUAUGCACAUAUUAUGCCCCGUAUGAAUGAUUGUAUUCUUUGCCCAUUUGUCUGAAUAGUAUUUUCAUGCAUUACCUCAACACUUAACUGGGCAACUAAGUGUGCACAUUAUUUGAUCAGUAUUGAAUAUGAUGCUCACUCAUGAACUGUAGUCACUUUCUUCAUGUUGCUCUUUCUUAAGGAGAAUUGUCUCACCUCCAGAAUAGUGUUUGAAUCCUUAGGCCAUGCAUUGCAAUAGAUGAAAACUGUUUACUGUCAUUCUAUUCAUUUUUGCUCAUAAUAAUAAAAUUGAUUA